GCUAGCUUCGUUGCUGCUCCCCAACAUUAGGUCUUCUUCAUUGAGGCUCGGUCCACGACCAUUCAGACAGUAUUCGUCUGCAUUGUGCAGCCUCGUUGACGGUCGUAAACCAUAAAAUCGUUCCAAUAUCAGUGGUGAUCGUUCGUGAGUGCCGUUUGAGUGUACGUUGAUCUACCCAAAGUGUUGGUAGAAACCGUGUGGGACCUCUAGAGGUUUUCUACCCUCCUUCGUGAGAGGUGCAUUUGAGCGUGGGCAUCCCAGCCUGCUGGUGUCAUGGUAGAAUUCAGUGCGGGCGGUCCAACAAGGAACGCUCAUACACAAACAAAGCGUCAAUGUGUGGUCUAGGCUUUCGACUCAAAAACACCCCUAGUAAGAAGACUUCUCUUCGCUGGGGCGACUGCUGCGGUUGCUACUGAAUCCACAAUCCACCCAAAGUCUUCCCGCUUCUCUUCAGCCGCUGCGUCUUCUUUCACAACUCCUUUACUCGAGAAAUAUUUUGAGUUAAUUUCACAGCCUUGUACACCGCUUAUAGUUUCGCCUCCGUAUUUUGAGGUCUUCCUUGCCACUAUAGACCGAGUGCCGUUGCUUCGAAAGCCAGAAUUUCUACCUCAAGUGAUCCUAUUGUGUCGCCGAAUUUGACUAAGGAGAGUCAAGGAGGCAAGCAAGUUGACGAAAAAUUUUGAAGCUUCUUUGUGAACAGUGAACCUAAGCAGGAAACGAAUUUUUUAUCCUAGGAAAGUAAUUACAGAACCGCCAGGAUGUUCAACAUCGGCGGCGUCAUUUCGAUCAUUCUGUUCUACCUCGUCAUCCUGGGCGUGGGCAUCUGGGCGGCCAAGAAACAGCCCCCAGGGGAGGAUGAUUCUGAGGACGUAAUGCUGGCCGGCAGGAACAUCGGCGUCUUCGUCGGUAUAUUCACUAUGACGGCUACAUGGGUGGGAGGCGGCUAUAUCAACGGCACGGCAGAGGCGGUCUACGACACAGGACUCAUCUGGUGUCAGGCGCCUUUCGGCUACGCUCUCUCCCUCGUCCUUGGUGGAGUGCUGUUCGCGAACAAGAUGCGCACGGAGGGCUACGUCACCAUGCUGGACCCCUUCCAAGACAAGUUCGGGGAGCGGAUGGGGGGCUUACUGUUCCUGCCUGCCCUCUGUGGGGAGGUCUUCUGGUCCGCCGCCAUCCUUGGGGCCUUAGGAGCGACACUGUCCGUCAUCCUGAACGUGGACAUCGAGGGGGCCGUGAUCUUGUCGGCCUGCAUCGCGGUAGGCUACACCCUCUUCGGGGGCCUGUACGCGGUCGCCUACACGGACGUCGUGCAGCUGGGCUGCAUCUUCGUGGGACUCUGGCUGUGCAUUCCGUUCGCCUGGAACCACGAGGCCGUGGGCGACGUGAUGCCGGCCAACACAGACUGGAUAGGCUCUGUGCCCCUCCGGCAGUGGGGCCUCUACACGGACUACUGCCUGCUGCUUAUAUUCGGGGGCAUUCCGUGGCAGGUGUACUUCCAGCGCGUGUUGUCGAGCAAGUCUGGACAAAAAGCUCAGAUUUUGUCAUACGUGGCGGCUUUCGGAUGCAUUAUAAUGGCUUUCCCGCCUAUUUUCAUUGGAGCCAUCGCUCGAGCGACAGCCUGGAAUGAGACGGCAUUCGAGUGUGAGUCCUCGACCCAGUGCAUUUCCAGCAACCACACGUCCAUGAUUCUGCCCAUCGUCAUCCAGUACCUCACGCCGAGCUACAUCUCCUUUGUCGGCCUGGGUGCCAUCUCCGCGGCUGUCAUGAGCUCCGCCGAUUCAUCCGUGCUCUCAGCUUCUUCAAUGUUUGCAAGGAAUAUCUGGAAGUCGAUUUUUCGACAGAACGCGAGCGAAACGGAAAUUCUGUGGGUGAUGAGGGUGGGCAUUUUUGUAGUUGGCUUCCUGGCUACGACGCUGGCGCUCACAAUAUCUUCCAUCUACGGGCUGUGGUACCUUUCUUCUGACCUCGUAUACGUGAUCUUGUUCCCACAACUACUAAUGGUGGUGCAUUUCAAAGACCACUGCAACACCUAUGGGUCUCUGGCAGCCUACAUCGUCGGGAUUUUCUUCAGGACCAUGGGUGGAGAAGCCAUGAUUGGCAUUCCUGCUGUCAUUAAGUAUCCGUGGUAUGACGAAGAAACAGGAGAACAAUUAUUCCCAUUCCGGACGCUGAGCAUGAUCCUGUCGGCCGUGACUCUGGUCGUCGUGUCUGAGGUCACACAACAUCUCUUCGACUCGGGUAAGAUCCACCAGAAAUGGGACAUACUUAGAUGCAUUGUCAACGUUCCUGAGGAUGCCUUACGCGUUGAUGACCUGCACGAAGGUGACAUGAUCAUGACGCAGACUGUGAUCAAGUACAGCGCUACUGAUGAAAUGAACGGACGCAUCAACCCUGCUCUGAGCAUUGAGCCUGAGGGCGAGGAGGAGAGUGAUCCCCUGCAAGUCAAAGCCCCAACCUUCACCACUCCGGCGGGGCAGGUCAAGAAAAAACUUGUUGGGGAGGUGAUAUCUCCUCCCCCGGAGUCGGGUCCUCUCAAGAAGCAAGAUCAGACAAAACUGUAAGUUAUUUGAAAGCCUUUGGCAACUGCGGCAAAUUUGUUUAUUGAUUUUCUAAAUUAAACUAAUCGAAAUGCUUGCAAUCCUAUCUAAAAAUUAAGAUUUAUUGGAAACAUUAAAUUUUGAUUCAUCGAAGAUUAUGAUAGAAUCCAUUAGAUACAUUAUUUUUUAAACAAGAUUAUAUACCAGUUUUUCUUGCGUUUAGACAGUCGUAUAUAAGCAGUAUUUACUAAAGCUGCCUACAAAGCAUUUUUCCAGAUUUUGAGUGAGAUAUUUGGUUCAAUAGAAGAGUUGGUUCAAUAGAUAUUCAUGAGUAAUGGUUGAUAAAGCGAUGUCUCCAGACAUGCGAAAAAUUAGCAUACAAUCUGCUAAUCGAGUUCCCCGCUCACGGAGAGUUCAGCAAAAUUCCACAUCGUGCACUUUUCCGCCCUCAGCAGCCCAAGGGGUUUACUGAAUACUCUGAGCUCAGCUGCUUCUGGAUCCAAAGCUCCAAUUAUAUAAAUAUCCAAUAAUAGAUACCUGAAGCUAUAGAUACCUGUGCUUCAGAACAUCGAUUAUAACUGAAAGGUUAAUGAAAGGUAUACUAUUGACCGUUAGAAUUAUUAAAGCUGAUAAGUUCACUUGGUCAUAAAUCUAACCUAUGAGAAAAAAGUAAGCUCGUCAGCAUCUGCAACGAUUGGUUGAGUAGCGUGGUGUCAGCGAUCUUUAAAUGAAAGUAUUCAGGACGUCACUUUUGCCUGUGGCCAGACAAAGAUAUCACUCUUGUAUAUACGAUAAGUCGCCACGUCUGAUUUGCCCUCCUUUCGUUAAGAAGUUGUAUAUAGUGUGUGUAGGACCAAAACAUAUCCUGUCAUUAGUUCGUAUCAGAGCAUUUCAAUACAGAGGCCUCUCCUUACUCCUACAUCUAUAUUUUUGCAUAGUUUAUGGUGUAAAAAAUAUUUUAGAGUAUUGUUUGUUUUGUGAGAACUAUUUAUUUUUGUAGUAAGACCUAAGGCAUUUCUAUAGAGACUCUCUUAGGAAUGACCGCUGAAUGUUGAACACAGAGUGCAUAACUUCCGACACAAACUCCUGACAUUACCCAUACAUUUUUUUGUAUAAAAUAUAAUUAUUAAAAUUCCUGUGUGUCUCAAACCUCGUAGGUUAUGUUCUGGAUUUUAUUUACAAUCCUCAUCCACGCUGUGUGGCUGUAGUUGUUGAGCCUUGUGCAAAUCCGAAGAAACUGGACUAAAUUUUUAAAUAAUU